AUGCCCAUCUCCUUCCCAUGGUAUUCCCUUCAUGCCCAUCUCCUUCUCAUCUUAUGCCCUUCAUGCCCAUCUCCUUCCCAUCUUAUGCCCUUCAUCCCAUCUCCUUCCCAUCUUAUGCCCUUCAUGCCCAUCUCCUUCUCAUCUUAUGCCCUUCAUGCCCAUCUCCUUCCCAUCUUAUGCCCUUCAUGCCCAUCUCCUUCCCAUCUUAUGCCCUUCAUGCCCAUCUCCUUCCCAUCUUAUGCCCUUCAUGCCCAUCUCCUUCCCAUAUUAUGCCCUUCAUGCCCAUCUCCUUCCCAUCUUAUGCCCUUCAUGCCCAUCUCCUUCCCAUCUUAUGCCCUUCAUGCCCAUCUCCUUCCCAUCUUAUGCCCUUCAUGCCCAUCUCUUUCCCCUCUUAUGCCCUUCAUGCCCAUCUCCUUCUCGUCUCAUGCCCUUCAUUCCAAUCUCAUUCCUGUGCGAAUGUACGAGAAACUGGGUGCACCACUCCUGGGCAUCCCACUUGAUCAGAUUCGCUUGCUCCCCACUUCCGAGAACGACCUGUUUCACGCUGAUGUGGUAAACGGACAUGCAUGCAUGGAUGUUGAUGUGGUGUACCAGGUGGGACAUGCAUGCAUGGAUGUUGAUGUGGUGUACCAGGUGGGACAUGCAUGCAUGGAUGUUGAUGUGGUGUACCAGGUGGGACAUGCAUGCAUGGAUGUUGAUGUGGUGUACCAGGUGGGACAUGCAUGCAUGGAUGUUGAUGUGGUGUACCAGGUGGGACAUGCAUGCAUGGAUGUUGAUGUGGUGUACCAGAACUGCCAAUAUCCCAGCCGCUCUCUCUGGCAGUCGCUGCGGCGCCGCCAUCUGCUGCACCCCUCCGGCAUCCCUCUCUUCAACCCCGACUGGACCUACAGCAGCCACCGCCCUCUCUCCCCCGCCGAGGCUUGCUCCUUCCCCUCCGACUGGGUGGUCGUGCUGGCGAAACGGCCGAAAGGGAGGAAUCGGGCCAUGCUGAUUUUUUUGGAGGUGGAGGAGGAGGUGGUGAGGCGGUUUGGUCGUGAAAGGGUGGUGGUGUUUGAUGGGUCAAUACCGUUUCUGGAAGCACAUGUUGCUUUCCACACAGCACAUGUUGCUUUCCACACAGCACAUGUUGCUUUCCACACAGCACAUGUUGCUUUCCACACAGCACAUGUUGCUUUCCACACAGCACAUGUUGCUUUCCACAGAGCACAUGUUGCUUUCCACAGAGCCCAUGUUGCUUUCCACAGAGCACAUGUUGCUUUCUACACAGCACAUGUUGCUUUCCACACAGCACAUGUUGCUUUCCACACAGCACAUGUUGCUAUCCACACAGCACAUGUUGCUUUCCACACAGCACAUGUUGCUUUCCACACAGCACAUGUUGCUUUCCACACAGCACAUGUUGCUUUCCACACAGCACAUGUUGCUUUCCAUACCUUGGAUUCUCUAUGCGGUAAUCUCUUUGUGUAG